AUGCCAUCUCCUCCCGGCGGUGAUGGGGAUGCCGAAAUGGAGAGACUUAAUCAAAUUCAGAUGGCUGAUCUUGGAACUGCUCGUCGAGAGCUCAUCUCGACGUCCGAUGAAACUGACUUCAGCGCCGCUGACCCCAUGGUGAUUGAACGUCACAGACGCUCCAACAUCCCCGGUACUCGGGAAUUCGAGCAGGCGCAGCGAAAUCGUGAGGCACUGGAUGGAUGGAACAGUCUUCACGAGACUGUUGAUGACACCGGCCACCUGGAGAACUUGGACAACCUCAUGUAUGGCCAGUCACACAGAGCUAGACUGACUGCAUCCAUUCAUGGUCCCAAUGCUCUGCCAGCUUAUCAGUCUCGUGGAAACCACCCGUACCCAAUUCGCUCACGCGGCCGUGGUGGAGGUGUCUCUGGCACUCGAGGACGGGGUAAUGGUCUGUCCAAUGGCCGGGAUUCCAGCUCUUCGGCCUCGCCAAGUCAGGUGUCUCGCAGCCCACGGUCCAAUUCUUCGUGGGGACGUAAUGGCAGACAAAUCCACGGUAACGGCAGACGAUCUCGUGGAGGACGUGGCUGGGCUCAUAGCCGCAGCACCAGCUUGGAUAGCGAGUCCAGUUCCGGCUUCCAGGCCCCGAUCCUCAGCCCCAACACCGAAAGCUGGUCCCAUGAGAACCUGGCUUCCCCAGAGUCUUUCGCAGCAUCGGUUCAUCGAGCUUUCAGCACACCUUCGCCCCGACCAGCUGUCCCACUCAUGAAUGGGUCGGGCAGAGCCACGGGUAUUCGAAAUGCCGCCAUGCUUGCCAAUGCCAAUGCGCCUCAGCCCGCCACGCCAGUGAACACACCCACGACUUUCUCAUACCACACCGAAUCCACUGAGAGCAGCACCCACCAGGCCCGCGGUGCCAGAUCUUCGACUCAGCCCCCUCGGUUCUAUGCUAACUUGGGCGCUCGUAGCAGGCUCCGUGAUCCGGACCUGUCCCCCAGUCCACGCUCUUCGCGUUACGUCUCAAACUCCCACGAGAUCGCACAUAUCAGACGCGACGAGCUGGCACGAGUUGAGGAGACUGGCGUGAAUCAGCACGUAACCGGUCUGCCAGCCCGAACUGAGCGCGGCACUCAAACUGAGCAGAGCAAUGAGCCUGCUCAAAUGACCCUUAUCCCCUCGGGUGAUGAUGAGGUUGUUCCUCUGACAGCUCGUCCUGCCACUACUGUGGCGUACUCUUCGAGUAUGUCGGAACUUGCUGGUAUUGUGUUCCCCUCGGACAAUGAGAUCGGACAUGAUAAGUCUGCAGAGCUCAAUCCGAUCAAGCUAGUUGAACUGAUGGAGUACCUCGGUUUUGCCUCAAGCAAACCAAAGAGCGAUCUAGGCCAUGAAGAGCCAAGCUUACCUCUGCUUUCCCAAGCGAUGGAGAAAGCUCUUGUGUCCACAAGUGACCGCGACCUUGGUGUCUUCGUUAAGAAGACGAUGAUGGGCUGGCUGAAUGACCAUUCCUCUUUGUCUGAUCAACGAGACGAGCUCAAACAUGAUGCCCCGAGUUCGGACUCAAAUGCUGGACAGGAUGGUCCAGGCUGGGAUCCAAACGUUGAUCUUGAAUUUCAUUCCACAACUUCGACUGCAGGUUUCACCACGGCUCCGGGAUCACCUCUUCAAUUGGAAACCGAUCUUCCACUUGCAGCCCCGCUGCCCAAGCUUGAUACCCUUGGCGCGGCACAGACUUCCGCUGCCGAUGAAGAGACCCAGUCACCUGAACGUGUCUAUGAGAUUGGUGAAAGUUCCAAGCGUGCCCAGUCCCCCUCGCGCAGUGAGUUCUCAGGCACCACCAGCCUCUCUUGGAGCGCGGGAUGGCAGCGCAACGUUGAUGCAUCCGGUCUGUCGCCAGCUCAAGACGCAGGGGCAUCAUCUGCAGUUCCGACUACGGGAUUGCAGGCGUUGAGUGUCGCUGUGCACGACGACACGCAUGAUGGCGAGAGUGUUGGGGAAGGUAGGAAGUGGAAGGGCAAGGGUCGAGCUGAAGAUGUAGCAAGCAACAACGCCCCACAUUCAGCUGACGAUUCGGGGGGCAUGCGAGCCACCGACGCCGAGAUACGUGCCAAACAGACUCCGUGCGAGAACCGGUUCCCGGCAUCUCAUGUUUACCGAGCCGGUCCCCGCGAAAAUGAUGCCUUUGCAAAGAGAAUGCGCGAGGCCAAAGGCACCGUGCUUGAUGAACCUGUCCCCGCGCACCGAGCCCGCGCACCACGAUUCGAGCUCCGGAUUGAGCCUCCCAAUCCAUCUCCAUGGGUAUCUUGCUCGGUGGCGCAUGCCAGCCCUGUCGGCACCCAGGGCUCUCGUUCUGACAAGCCCAGUGCCAUCGCUGGUGGUUUGGACUCCAGCAGAUGGGCCCAGGAUACUCAGGCACAUCCUGUCAGCACCUUUACCCGGGCUGGCAAUCAACGGAUUGGCCAAUCUGGCAAGAAGCGGGACAUUGGAUCCGCAAAGCCGGUGGGCAUUGAGGCUGCUUCGGAGGAUUGGGGUGAGGCUGACUCCUGGGGCGCACCCCAGAAGAAAAAGCCUGUCCCAACCAAGUCUGGUAGUUUGGGGGAGAGUUCAUGGGCUGCUUCUCCACCAAAGGAGAGGCCUGCCGUCAAAUCUGACGGGGCGAUUGAGAGUUGCUGGGCUCAGUCGUCAUCAAGGUCUUCCUCCCAGCAGGGGGCGGUCAAAACAAGCCCUGCCUCGCCGGAUGCACGUCUUCUGAGAGGUGUGCACCGUACAUUUGUGCCCCGCCAAUCUGAAUCCAGUCCGCCCACUGGAUUCAAGAGUCUCGUCAAGAUCAGCGGCCCCUUGCCCUAUGUGCCAUCGUCCGAAUGA